GAUCCCGGAAGUGUACGAGGAGUCAACAAGAGGGCUUUCGCUUUCAUGUUCAUCGCCUCAAAACAGAAAGUUAAGGUUGAAAGACCCUAAAAUAGAAAUGGGCGUCGAGCAGUCCAUCCCUCUCCACCAAAGACGGAUGCAAGCAAGUCCAGUAAAUGCUUUAUUUGAGCGUGCUGUUCUUGAUGCACUCCGUGAAAUAGCCGAGGAGUCCAGCGUCCCAUCUGAACAGAUUGAGCAUGCGUGGGACCCGGAGGAUUGCUCGCCUAGGUUUAGAGUUUUGAGUGACAGGUUGACAGCCAGAAGACUUCCUUCACCUCUUACCACAGACGGCAUAAGAGGAAAGAAAGGAUACAGACAAGGUCGACAUGUGUGGGAGAUAACCUGGGAACGAGACGAGCGCGGUUCCCACGCAGUCAUUGGAAUCUCCCUUCCCCAGGCCCCGCUACAGUGCCUCGGUUACAUUCCACUGAUAGGAUCUAAUUCAGAGUCGUGGGGCUGGAAUCUAAGCAAGAAGGUGUCCUUUCAUUCUGGGGAAGAGUCUCCCUACCCAGCAAAUAAUCCUGGAUUCUUCGUGCCAGAUACCGUGUAUUGUAUAUUGGAUAUGGACAAUGGUACUCUCAGCUUUGCCACAGAAGAUACGUACCUCGGUGUGGCGUUUCGUAAUUUACCCCGUCAUCCUCUGAAGCCUUUGUGCCCAUGCGCCAGUGCAGUGUAUGGAAACUGUGACAUUAAAAUGAAGUACAUGGGACGAGGAGACAACUUUCUUGCCAAGUUACAGGCAGCGAAAGAAAAAGUUUUACAGCCGCCUCAAUCCCCUCCGGUCAAGUCCCCACCACAAUCAGCUGGAGUCCGAUCGCCGCCCCAGUCUCCGACUCCCAAAUCUCCUACCCAGGUCCCAACUGCCUCUAGCGGCCCAGUUAAGUCUUCGGAAUCUUACAAGUUUCAUCACAGUUGUGGGGACAACAUUGCAGUGAUGCUGGCCGGGAAGAAAGCAAAGAGAAUCGACGCUCUACAGCAUUUCAAUCAUGGGGUGGUUUUAACAAGCCAGCCUCUGCAAGUUGAUGAGCUAUUUGAAGUUCGUUUGGAUAGCAAAGUACCAAAGUGGUAUGGCAGUCUAGAUAUUGGAGCCACGACUGUUUCUCCAGAAAAUGUGGAGCUCCCUUCGACAAUAACCUCCAUGGUACAAGGAACAACAUUUGUGCUCAGUAGCGAUAAAAUCGUUCACAAUGGGAAAGAGAUGACAACAAUAUCAAAAGACCUAGACAGUUUGUCGGUUGGCGACCGAGUAGGAGUAAUGCGGAUGUCAGACAAUUCUCUGCAUUUUUUCAUAAAUGGCGUAGAUGUUGGCAAAAAGAUAAAAACUAUCCCGUCUGUACUUUAUGGCGUCGUGGAUGUAUUUGGCCAGGCUGAAGAAGUAACUAUAACUGGUGGCACAGCGGAAACUCAGAGCAGUAAUCAGGACGAGGUCGACUCUGUGUCAGUUAUGGUGCGCAUGAACAACACCAUAAACAUCCUGAAGGAUGGCACCUUCAGCGACGUGCUGUCCAUAACUGGAAAAGUCGCCAAAGAUAUUCUAGAGCCUUACUCUGAGACAGAUGACAGAAAGCUUCGACAGAAGUACGGUGACCACUUAUCUGAGAUCGGUGCUCCACAUCACCUGACCAUGCUUCUUCGUCGUCUGAUGGAUGUCGGAAUGGAGACUCGAGAUGGCUGGGUGGGGAUGUACGUGGUUCGCAGUGUGUUCUGGAACUAUGCGGAUGCAAGUUUAAAAAUGGCCAGGGGUUUGGGACGAAGUGGGUCGCUGAAGAUUAUGUUGAACGAUCUGGACACGUGUGGCACAAGCAGUUCCAAAAACGAAAGAAAGAAAUUCCUGGUGUCUUCUGCUAUCAACAUACUUCACAACUGCUCCAAAGCUUCAGAGAACCGUCAGAUUUUCUGUGACCUUAGAGCAAAGGAGAGGAUUGCUCCAUUUCUCAAGGCCGAUGACUUGGAAAUUGUUGUGCCGGCUUUAUUGACACUUGCCUACAUCACUUCAGAUGAGGAGAAAAAGUUGUUGGAAGCUGAGAGCAGGGUAAUAAGUUACCUUAUUGGCAUGUUGCGUAAUGCACUGAGUCAGUCGGACCUACGAGGCAGAUCAGAGGGUACCACAUGGUCGUGUCAUGAAAUCGCAGACGGCUUGAGUAACUUGGUAGUCAACGAGAAGAACAUGGAGGCUAUGUUGGAUAGAGAUGUACUUCCACUGCUCAUAUCACUCAUCGGCAAAGGCGAUGCAACCGAAAAAGAAUGCGCUGCCAACACACUGUGGGUUAUUGCAAAGACCUCUAAGGGAAAGGCAAAGAUCAAGGAAACUGCGAACGCAAUGGAAGAGCUGACUCGUUUAAGCAAAAGUGGUAACCAGGCAAUUCAAGAGGCAGCGAAACGAGUUCUCCUCGAGCUUAAAGAAACCAGAACUACCCGAGGUACAGCAAACGUAGAACGGAGAACGAGUUGUGAGUAUCAGGAGAAAUGUCGCAAGUUCAAGUCAUCACUUAAGUUGGCAGAAAUUUUCUUUGACCCAAAAUAUGACAGAUGUUUCUGCACGGAGUGCCACGCAGCCCGAGGGGACAAACUUUACUACACUCGAGGAAAACCUGCAAAGGACUACGGGAUUCCAAUAGGAUGGUGUCGGUUUGGGCUCAAGGUUCAUCAUCGAGCUACCGCUUUGGACGUGUUUAACAAAUGGCAUGUGGCAUUCCAUGGCACAAGAGUGGACAGUGUGAACGCGAUCUUGGAAUGCGGUGAUCUUCUUAUCCCAGGUGAUGUCGCGCUCGGAGGAAAAAAGUUAAGCGAGGAAGAUGGACAUUAUAAUGAUAGCAGAAAGCCAAAAGGAUUUGACACAAAACAGAUCUUUGUAUCACCGAGUGUCCGAUACUCUGGACACAACUGCUAUGCAAAACCCAAAAGUUUUCAAGACCCGUCAACAAACAAGACUUUCAGCUCAAAAGCAGUUCUGCAGCUGUGUAUCAACCCAGAGAGUUAUCAAGUUGGCCCUCAGACAAUCGGCGCUACAUCUGAGAUCGACCCGAAGUUUAGCAAUCAGGAAAUUGAAUGGUCCACUAAGGAACGUGGAUCCAUAAUUCUUUACGGGCUUCUGGUUAAACUUGAUGAAGCCAAUUGAACAUCUUUAUUGAGGGCAGUCCGUCAGGACUAUCAAAACGGCUGCCAAAUCAUUCCAUGUCAUUAGGACAUGUUGUGUUGUAACUAAU